AUGCUGGCCUUCAAGACUCUUCUAGGCCUGGCUACUGUCCAGGCUGUCUCUGCCCACUUCGGUCUUGUCUUCCCUCCUUGGCGUGCGGACACCCUCAGUGAGGAGGGCGAGGAGCGCUACAAUCAGUGGGAGCAACCCUGUGCUCGUGUUGACUUCAACAAGAAGAACCUCACUGACUGGCCCCUCGACGGUGGUGCUCUCACCCUCGAUCUUCACCACGAAUGGUCCUACAUCUUCGUCAACCUCGGCCUCGGCGAGAACUCCACCAACUUCAACAUCUCUCUCACCCCAGAGUUCCUCAACGCCACAAACUCGGGCACUCUCUUCAUCGACAAGCUUGAGCUUCCCUCAGAUGUCAAGCCCAAGGAUGGAGACAUCGCUAGUAUCCAGGUUGUUACGGUUGGUGACACUGGCAAUGCCCUGUACAACUGUGCCGAUAUCCGCUUCAAGGAGAAUGCAAAGGGUCCUAGCAACAAAACUGGCGAUGUGGACUACGUCAAGAUCAAGCAGCAGAAGGGCAACGGAACCGAGGAAGAUAGCUCUUCCAACUCUACAUCUUCUGGAGACAGCAAGGACAACGCCGCUGGCACCAUGGGUGUGAACACAGUGGUUAUGACUUCUGUCGUGGGUCUUGCUGCCGCUUUUGUGAUGGGGUUGGGCCUAUAG